AUGGCGGAGUCCAGCAUAAAGGGGCCAAGCCAAGACCUGUUCAAGAGGUCUCAAGGUCAGCCAUUACCCAGGCCAUCAACGGUCCCCAGCUGUCCUUCUCCUCCUCCUCUUCCUCUUCCUCUUCCUCCUCCUGCCUACAACCAGGAUGCUCCGUUCCUGUACGCAGCCUUUUCUGUGGUGGAUCAGGAAGACCUGCAGAGGCUUAAAGAUGCCUAUGCCUUCUGUGGAAUCCAGCCUGCCAACCCAACAAAGCCUCACACACGUGAGCACUGCAGGAUCAGGAUCCCACAUCCCGAGGAGCUCGUCAAGAGAGUAGAGGGGGUUUUCCAGCACUUCCACCUUGCAACAGACCCUAAUGGGCGCCCUCUCUUCAAAGCCUCUAUGCUGAAAUGCUGGCGUAUUCAGCGGAUACACAUCCUGCGAGGUUGCCUGAGCGAUCCAGAGGUGGAAGGAGGGAUCAUGUACAGGCAUGGAGGAACACUGCAGCUGAACCAUGUGCCAGGUGAAGGAGCCAAAGUUCCUGUAUGGAUCCCCAUCAGAGGCACAUCCCAGCAGGAAGGCUAUCACUUCCACCAGGCUCAGUGGGUCACUGGCACACGCGUUUCCACAGAGCUGUUUCAAGCUCAGGCGAUGACAGGAGUGGCGCGGUGGAAUUACCAGCGACUGGUGGACCUAAAACAGCCAGAUGUCAAACUUCCAGCUGUCUUUGAUCCUGCAUUGAUGGGCGAGAUCAAUGCAGUCUCUCAACAGGUGUUUGGCCAUGUUAAAUAUCCUGCUUUUCAUCUCCCUAACAGAGACACUGGAGAGAAGUUUGGCCUGGAAUAUGUGGAGCCUGAUUGCCGCCCAGUUCCUCUAGACUGGGAUAAGCACAGGAGUAAGGCAGACUCUACCCAGGCCCUGGAUACACCUCCUCAAAGCAGCAACCCCACUGCCCAGUCUGAGCUUCUUCAGCCACCCUCCAUCCCCCCAACCAAGCUGUUUCAGUUUCCUGCAAACCUUCCUUCAGUGAAACAAGAGGUGACUGCAGGAACGACUCUGGAGCCUCACACAGAGCCAGAAACCACAUGUCUGAAGUCUCUGCCUCUGCUGUCCUCGCCAACUGCGGCUCGCACUGGACCUGUGAAGACUGGUGGGAGGGUGUUUGUGUUGGACCACAAGCGCUGGACAGGCCCUAUGAGGCAGGCUGUUGACAACCUGCUCAACAAACACCAUAGUCAGAAGGACAUGCUGAAGCUUGUGGACAAGGACUAUGCUGCUCUUGUGCUUGACUCCUGCACAGACCCAAACAGUAUGCUUCACCCAACUACAAAACACCACAUUUGUCAGUAUGUGAAGCAUCUCAGCAAGCUUCUGAACACCAGCUCCUCCAUAAACAUCAGCCCGGAGAAACUGCAAGAGAGGCAGGUCCUCUGGCACUCUCUCACAGAGGGUAGUGAGACCACCAGGGUGCCAGUUGUUACAAUGCCUGUUGCCAUUUUCAACCCCACACUUCCCGUUCAGACCCCAGCCACACCUCUGACACUAGAACAUGUUGAGAGUUUGGUCAGCAACAUUAUGGCCAACCAGCAACAACAACAACAACAACAACAACAACAACAACAACAACAACAACAACACAAACAAAAGAAGAAACAGACAAAAAGGUGUCUUUCCUGCGGCCAGCCAAAGGCCCGCUUUGAAAAUGAUGGCUCUUCCAUCCACCACUUCUACAUGCAGGGCACUGUCAGAUACUUUUACUGCUCCACCAACGUUUUUAAAACGUAUGGUGCUGAAGGUCUGACAGACCCUAAAAUGCCAUUUGGAGACUUUGCCGAGACAGCUUUCUUUCCGCGGGAACUGGAAGCUAUGAAGCAAAGGGUGGAGGCAAGAGUCCAGCUUAAAAGAAAGAACACUGAGCCAGAGCACAAAGGUCGAAAAUGCGGAUUUUGUAGAGAGGAACUCAAGCAGGGCCCAAACAGUCCUCACAUUCACACAGGAUUCCCAGGAGUAGCAGGGAAGUAUGUGUACUGUCCUGCUAAAGUGUUGUCACUAUACAGGGAUCAGGGCAUGGAGAAGCAGAUGACCUGGAAGAAGUUCAAGGAGUCUGUUUUCUAUGAGGCUGAAAAGAAUAGAUGGGAGGCUGAAAAGGGAAAAUGACAAGGUUUUUUUUCAUGAAUAGGGUUAUCACUUCUGUUAUUUUCCUACUGUGUGUCUGUUAAUGCCAAAUUGUCAUCCUGUGUGUUUUAAAACAUUUACAUUAUUUCAUUCUCUAUUUACUACUGCUUUAUUUACUUUUUUAUAUUUACUUUAUUAUAUUUACUUUAUUUUACUUUAUUUACUUCUACCUUAUUGUUACUUAUAUAUUAUAUGUUUUGUACAUAAUCUGCUUUGUUUCUGUUGUUUACAAUAAAGAUGUU